AGCUGGAAGCAAACCGAGAAAGCAACGCUCAAAUCUGGAAAGGAAAAUCACAGUUGAGCGCAGUUUUUGUUCAUGUAAUUUGGGACGGGAUUUUUUCCUCUUUUAGCGAUCUUUGAGUGGAUUUGAAACGAGAGGUGCUAUGAAGCUGAAGUGUGAGAGCAGUUGUCAGCUGAGGGUAGAGUAGACGUGGAAGGCUGCAGAGGCGUCAGACACCGAAGCCUGAGUUAAGAGAGCAGAUCAACAGGACGGUGCAGAGCGCUGACUCUCACACUUGAAGACAAUGGAACUGCUGUCCCUCACCUCACACGGAUCAUUCACUGUGAUGAGCCCCAAACCCGCGUGUCUGUGGAUGUGAAAUGGUCUAAACACGCCACACUGUUUUGAUUUGCACGGAUCAGCUGGACUUAUUCUGGUGAGCGCGCUGAUGGGAGAGUAACACGGUGCCAUCGGUUCCUGAAGAGAUACGAAGCCGGUGUUUCCCUAAGCCUUUAAAAACACCCACAGGGACACCAUGUGGAGCCUCGGGACGUGGAUGUUGCAGGCGGCUCUGUGCUGCGUGCUUCUGCAAACAGUGCUGCCCAGUGCCAGAGGUCUCAACAUGUGCAUGAGUGGCAGUGCUACUUCCUGUGAAGAAUGCCUCCUGAUUCACCCCAGUUGCGCCUGGUGCGCACAAGAGGAUUUUGGAAGGGGGCGCAGUCUGACAUCACGGUGUGACUUUAGUCAAAACCUGUUGAAGAGAGGCUGUGACGAACACUUCAUUGAAUACCCAACCAGCAGCAUCAACGUCCUGCAGAACAUACCCCUAAGUUCAAAAGGGUCUGGGUCAACCCAGUAUGAUGUGGUCCAGAUUAUGCCACAGAAGAUCUCUCUCAGCCUGCGACCCGGAGACCAGACGUGGUUCAGCCUGCAGGUGCGGCAGGUGGAGGACUACCCGGUGGAUCUCUACUACCUGAUGGACCUCUCUCUUUCAAUGAAAGAUGAUCUGGACACCAUUCGCAACCUGGGCACUAAGCUAGCCCACGAGAUGGGCAAGCUCACCAGCAAUUUCAGGCUAGGCUUCGGCUCAUUUGUGGACAAAAACAUGUCCCCGUUCUCCUACAUGGCACCAAAGUACCAGGAGAACCCAUGCAAUGGGUACAAGCUGUUUCCCAACUGUGUCCCCAGCUUUGGUUUCCGCCACAUCCUCUCGCUGACUGACAAAGUGGACCGUUUUAACGAGGAGGUGCAGAAGCAGAUGGUAUCUCGCAAUAGAGACGCACCGGAGGGCGGCUUUGACGCCAUCCUUCAGGCUGCUGUUUGUAAGGAAAAAAUAGGCUGGAGGAAAGAGGCCCUUCACCUGCUGGUGUUCGCCACAGACGAUGUACCUCACCUCGCUCUGGACGGCAGGCUCGGUGGACUUGUCCAUCCCCACGAUGGACAGUGUCACCUCAAUGACAACAACGAGUACAGCGCUUCCACAAAGAUGGACUAUCCUUCUCUGGCGCUUCUCGGGGAGAAACUGGCAGAAAACAACAUCUUCCUCAACUUUGCUGUGACAAAAAGGCUGUACGUGAUCUACAAGAAUUUUACUGCACUCAUCCCAGGGACCACAGUAGAAAUCCUUGAUCAGGAUUCCAAGAAUGUCAUCCAGCUGAUUAUCGCAGCCUACAAUAACAUCCGUUCUAAAGUAGAACUGUCAGUGUGGGACCACCCAGAGGACCUCAGCCUUUCCUUCACUGCCACCUGUCAGGAUGGAAACCCACUGCCAGGCCUCAGGAAGUGUGCUGACCUGAAGAUAGGAGACACUGUCUCGUUCAACGUCAGUGUGGAGGCGAGGAGCUGUCCUCCCCGUGGGACUGACCGCAGAUUCACAAUCAAGCCGGUGGGCUUUAAAGACCGCCUGGAAGUGGCCGUGGAUUACGAGUGUGACUGCGGCUGCAGCCGGAAUGCACAAAACAAUAGCGUCAUCUGCAGCUCCAUAGGUACUUAUAACUGUGGGACUUGCCAAUGUGAGCCCGGCUACCUGGGUGCCCGCUGUGAAUGCCAGGAGGGUGAGACAAGCAACAUGUUUCUCAGCGCCUGCCGGGAAUCCGAGGGCAAACAGAUCUGCAGUGGACGAGGCGAGUGCAGCUGCAACCAGUGCCUGUGCUAUGAAUCGGAGUUCGGAAAGAUCUACGGCAGCUUCUGCGAGUGCGACGACUUCUCCUGUGCUCGACACAAAGGCAUCCUCUGCUCAGGUCAUGGUGAGUGUCACUGUGGGGAGUGUAAAUGCCACGCCGGUUACAUUGGCGACAACUGCAACUGCUCGACGGAGACAUCGGGCUGCAUUUCAGAUGACGGGCAGAUGUGCAGCGGGCGAGGCAGCUGUGUGUGCGGCCGCUGUCAGUGCACUGAGCCCGGAGCCUUUGGAGAAACCUGCGAAAAAUGCCCCACUUGCCCCGAUGCCUGCGGCACAAAGAGGGAGUGCAUUGAGUGCCGGCUUUUCAAUUCUGGAAGGCUUGCGGACAAUGAGACUUGCCAGCGACAGUGCAAGGAUCACAUCAUCCCUGUGGAGACUCUCAAAACUGACGAGCCCGGCGCUGUGCUUUGUUUGUACAAGACAGACGACGAUUGUGUCAUGAAGUUCACAUAUUCUGAGCACGCCAGCGGACAAUCUAUACUCUCAGCUCUUAAAGAGCCAGAGUGCGUCAGGGGACCAGAUGCCCUGAUGGUGCUGGUGGCAGUGGUUGGGAGCAUCUUGUUGGUAGGACUGUUGCUGCUCGCUGCCUGGAAGCUGGUCAUCACUAUCCACGACCGGCGUGAGUUUGCCCGCUUCCAGAGCGCCCGCUCGCGUGCCCGAUAUGAAAUGGCCUCUAACCCUCUGUACAAGCACCCCAUCUCUACACAUUUUGUGGAAACAGAUUUCAGCAUGUACAGUAAGUCCUACAAUGGAGGGCUCCACUGAUCCCUCAGUACAGGGCGCGGCGGGACCGGUCCAACAAGUAGAUCAAGGAGACGUGCCUGAGGUGGAUGGUGGACUGAGCACACUCACCCGUCUGCACAGUGCACACCCACGGCGAUGGCAGAAGAGAAAUGACUUAGUGUGUUCAAAGAGAAGUCUGUGGCCUUUUUUUGUUUUAUUUUCACCCGGGAGAUUCAAACCACCUGUGUCUGUGCUUCACCGAACAAAUUAACACCACCCUCGUCGUGAUCGGGAUACAGAGUGAUUAGGGUUAGAAGUGAGCUCGUCUGCAGUUAUUCAUCAUAGACCAACUUAUGGAAACCAUAACUCCAGCCACAUAAAAGCACUGCUCAUUCUGUACAGAUCAGGCAAGAUAUUGGCUUCUCUUUGUAUAUUUUUGUAGGUGUUGAAGAUGCAUUUUUAGCACAGACUGCGCACCCAGCACGACUCUGAGCUGCAGAUGAUUCCAAUUCACAUGAUUCUUAAAAAGCACAUAUUUCUGAGGGGGCCGGGGCUAUUAAAAUGUUUGGUACUACUAACUUUUACUAAGCAACUUUUCUUACCUUCAUUUUGCACAGAAGUUAUUGAGUCAAGUCUUGGAAAGAUUUACAUAGUUUUUUUUUAAUGUCUUAAGUGUGUGUGUGUGUGCGUGUGUGUGUGUGUGUGUGUGUGUGUUUGUGCUCCAGUUGCACUCAGUUGCAGGGUACAAACUCACCCUUCAGCAUCUGAACACUGACGUUUCAGUCUGGUGUUGCUCUGUAACAAGAAAAGAACAAAUCUGGCAACAUUUUGGUCUGUUUCUAGAGCUGUUCUGGCCUCCUUACCACCUCUAAGACACUGCUAAAAAAACCCAUUCCCAAACAUUUAGCUUUCUUUAAAUGUACAACUAAAUAAAUAACAUGCAUUACAUUCUAUACGUUAAAACACAUUCAGCAGGGGUCAGCAAGUAUUCAAUCAUGGGCUCUUUAGUAUAUUUAUAUACAGUAUAUAUUAUGGGUUCAUUUAUUAACUUCCUUGAAUAUAGGCAGGACUGGAUUUAAUGUGGUUAUGUUUAUUGAUAUAAGCCCAGUGUUAAUAUUUUUAAACACGACUAUUAAACCUUAUCUUGUGUCGGGGAGGCUGAGUGGCCAGAUUUGGCCCCUGGUCACCAUUAGCCUGCCCAGUUUAUUUUAUGUUGUAAAAUAAAUGAGUGUUAAUAAAUUAAUAAGCUUAGUAUUGGGAGGUCACAGGUCAAGGUCAGUCAGCUAUCGCCUGACGGUAAUGCCAGUCCAGAUCAGUUCAUACCCAUCUGUGUAUCUUAUUGGCCAAUCUGAGUUGCUGCUGCCACUGCAAAAGCUGUUUUUGCAACUCACCUCAGCUCCUCUUUAUCAUGUAUGUCAUUUGUACCCGGUCACAUUUUGGACAGAGAGGACAGAUGGUUUGAAAGAGGAGUAAAAGAAGCCAUCUAUGUGCACUGUGAGCGGCCAUCUUUGAAUAGAGGCGGUGGUUUACGACACCAACUGUCUGCCAUCUAUAAUCCAGUUUUGAGAUCCCUUCCCAGACGCCUUAACGCCCACACACAUCCUGGGCCAUUUGACCUCAGGACAUCGCAUGAAAGGGUGGGGCUAGGUCUCACAGUGAGGUCACCCGAAACCUUGGCUGAUUGUGACCUACACCCGUUUUCACACCUUGGCUCAUGUAGAGGAUCAUUAGAGGGUCCAUUGUCCCUCUUGGGGGGGACACUCCCAUAGGGCUUAAAUCUGGGACUCUUAGAACUGAAGAAGCUACUCUGAUGAGAGGUUAAACCUCUUCAAGCAGCUUAAAGAAGUCCAGACGCUUUUCUUUCCAAGCUCCUUAGUCUACACUGACCUGGAUGACUGAGAACCUUCACAGACAUACCUGGUUCAGUAUCUUUCUUCUGCAACGUCCUUCUAUUUAGGCUUUCCAUGUAUGACAACGAGAGGGUGGGAGGUACCAGAGCCAUGCCGCCAAAUCCAACCUCCUGCAGAUAAUUUGGAUAAAGUGUUUCUUACACAAUUAUCUUUUUGACUGUUUAGACAAAACAAGCAAUAUGAUGAUGUCACUGUUACAAAGUGACAGAACUAAUAAAGUGCUAGAAUUCCAUUCACCAAAUAUGAAGCACAAUCUUCUUGGAAAUAUUGUGAGAUAAUUUUACUGAAAAGCCUUAACAAAAUCCAAAUAGAUAAGUUAAAUAGGAUACAUUUUUCACCCAUUAUCUAGUUUGGUCCUUUCACUUUUGUUUAAUUUUUCAGUCUAUGAAUAUGCCGCUGAGUUGAAUAAAAUGUAUAUAUGCAGAAAAAAAACAUUAAUCAUAAUCAACAGUGUCUUUUUAAAUGUAUUGACAGUAAGGAAAAUCUCAAACAUCACCAGCCUCUGAUUCUCUAAAACCAGCUCCCAAACACAGGGUUAGGGGUCUGCGCUGUGUGAAAUAGCCAGCACUGUGGUAAUGACGUUCUCAACGGUUACGUUCACGUGCAGUGGAGACACAGAUCAGUGUGACUGUGACAUGUGCGGUGCUGUGUUAAUGUUAUUUGGGCACAUAAUAUGACUGGCUUAUAAUAUGACUCUGUAUUCGCCCUGCCAGCUGUGGGAGUGGGUGGAAGCAAAGUGUCCAGGGUCAUAAAUCAGCAGUUGUUGUUCCCACAGGAAGAAGCUCUGUCUGAACCGUCAGAGGGAAAGCAGGACGUGUAGGGAGGGGUGAGCCUGGGGGAAGAAGGUGCUCUGUGAGCUUUUUGGUAACAAUCUUAAGUGUAAGUGGCAGGAACUUGGAGUUGGCGUGAGUGAGUGAUGAAUGUUAAUAAUAUUACAUGUGGGCAUGCGAGGCUAAAAGUGCCUUGCAGUUUUCACUUGGCUCGGGUGUGCUUCUUGGCACAGCUGACUGAAGUUCUCCCACCACUACCUUUUCCAGCUCCUCCUCUUUGUACAGCCCUGAACAUUUACACAUGGAAAAACAGGACUCGCAGCACUCCCUGUAACACUGCACGCACACACAGCAAAACAAUAAAUCUGCUUUUGUCAAAACUC